AUGAUGACGACUGCUAGAAGAUCACGAAACACUGUGCUCCAUGUUUGGCUCGAUGCUUCUGCUAAUUCAAAUAGCAGUAGUUCUAAAAAAGUGGAGAAACAAUUGAAAACAAAAUUAGAAAGCUUUACAACACUUAAUGCUAUCAAUGAUUUCAAAGAAUUUAUUGAAAUACAUGAUAAUGAAACUAUUGUACUUAUUGUGUCGGGUUCUUAUGGACGACAAAUUCUACCAGAAAUACACAAUUUAACACAAUUGUUGGCCGUUUAUGUUUAUUGUGCUAAUUUAGAACCAAAUAUUCAGUGGGCAAAAAAUUAUACCAAGGUAAGUAUAUCAAAAUUAUAA